AUGACAGUACUUUCACUUGUUGGCAAUCAACUCUCAGGUAGCCUCCCAGCAGACAUAGGCCUUGGAAUUCCGAACCUACAAAAGAUAUAUUUAGGAAUCAAUAAACUCAGCGGAGUCAUUCCCAAUUUUAUCUCCAAUGCUUCUAAGCUCAAUGUUGUAGACAUUACCGACAACUCAUUUUCCGGGUUUAUUCCUAACAAACUAUGUGCCUUAGCAAAGCUUGAGUAUCUUGGCUUAUACCAAAAUAAUUUGAAGGUUGACACUUCAACUCCAGAAGUAAACAUCUUUUCUUGUUUAGGUAAUCUUAGAAAUCUUCAGGUAUUGAUCCUGGGACGUAAUCCGUUAAACGCUCCUCUUCCUAUUUCUUUUCAGAAUUACUCUGCAUCGCUUCAAAAAAUUUCUUUAAGCGAAUGCAAAUUGAAGGGUAGCAUUCCCAAUGAUUUUGGCAACUUGAGCAGCUUGAUAUCCAUAACCCUGGCAGGCAAUCAAUUGAGCGGGUUAAUUCCAACUUCUAUAGAAAGACUAGGGAGUCUCCAAGGUUUGUUUUUGCUUUAUAACAAGUUGCAAGGACAUAUUCCCGAUGAACUUUGUCAACUAAACAAACUAGCUGUAUUAGAUUUGAGUCAGAAUCAACCUUCUGGUUUUAUACCUUCUUGCUUAGGUAAUCUAUCUGCAAAUCUUAGAAUUCUGUCGUUAGCGUCCAAUUUGUUAACUUCUACACUGCCAUCUACAUUGUGGGAACUUGAACAAGUCUGGUUCUUGAACUUGUCAUCAAAUCUUCUAAAUGGAUCUCUGUCACAAGAUAUCGGCAAGUUGAAAAUUGCGUCAUCCGUGGAUCUAUCAAGCAACAAUUUAUUUGGUGUCAUACCAAGCAGCGUUGGGGAUCUUCUGGAUUUAACUAAUCUCUCCUUGGCAGAUAAUAAUUGUGAAGGCCCUAUUCCCAGUUCGUUCGGCAAAUUGAAAGGCCUGAUACUGUUGGAUUUAUCCAACAACAGUUUGUCUGAAGCGUUGUGUGGUGCAGCUCGACUCCACGUCCCACCAUGCAAAAACAAUACACUUCAACCAAAUUCAAGGAAGGCUAGUUCAUCCAACUUGAAAUAUAUUAUUCCAGCAAUAAUCAUAGUAACAAUAUUCCUAGUAGCCUUUGUGUCGAUAUUUAUACUGCACAGGAAAAAGGAAAUUGAAGAUGCAACAGAGGCUACCGUGUUACCUCAAUCUCUUUGGAGAAGAGUUUCGCACCUGGAACUUCUAAGGGCGACAAAUGGAUUUAAUGAUAGUAACUUACUUGGAAGUGGGGGUUUUGGCUCAGUAUAUAAAGGGACACUCUCAGAUGGGAUAGAUAUUGCAGUAAAGAUUUUCGAUUUGCAGCUAGAAGGGGCUUUCAAGAGUUUUGAGAGGAAAUGUGAAACGCUAAGCAAUAUUCGGAACCGAAAUCUUAUCAAAAUCAUUAGCUGUUGCAGCCAAUUGGAUUUCAAAGCCUUGGUACUGAACUAUAUGCCUAAUGGUAGCCUUGAGAAGUGGUUGUAUUCUCAUAACUCUUCUUUCAAUAUCCUAAAUAGGUUGAAUAUAAUGGUAGAUGUUGCGUUGGUAGUGGAAUACCUACACCAUGGUUAUUCAGUGCCAAUUGUCCAUUGUGAUUUGAAGCCAAGCAAUAUCCUGCUAGAUGAUGAUAUGGCUGCACAUGUUGCGGAUUUUGGCAUUGCAAAACUCUUGGGUUUCGGGGAUUCCAUGACCCAAACCAUGACCCUAGCCACAGUUGGGUAUAUGGCUCCAGAGUACGGGAUGGAUGGAAUUGUUUCGACGCAAGGGGAUGUGUACAGUUUUGGUAUUGUAGUCAUGGAAACAUUCACAAAAAUGAAGGCUACGAAUGAAAUGUUUGUUGAUGAAAUGAAUCUAAAGCAAUGGGUUGCAAAUUCACUAUCAUCAGAAGCAAUAGCUGAAAGCUACCAGACCAGACGAGAGAUAAACAUGCAAGAAGCUGCAGCCACACUCAAAAAAACAAAAAUCAAGUUUUUUUGCAGGAUGCAGCAAGAAUUGUAUUUGAAACAAUUGUAUAUUGGCUUGAAGUUUAUAGUGGAGAGUCCAGACUGA